GAGAAUCUGCAGUGCCUUUCCCCGCCAGCGCUUUCAGUUUGGCUCUUGGGGGUAGUCCAGUCGUUUGUGAUAUCCCAGGUCGCGGCUCUGAGCAGAGGGACCUGCUCCACGCGUCUGGGUUACUCUGCCUCGCCCAUUGGUGUGGGCCUGAUGGUGCGCCAGGCUCUGGACUCCUAAGGAUCUGGAGCGAAUUUAAGAAGAUUUUAUUCAAGCAUAUGGCAUAGAAGAUGAAUUCUUCCUCCUCCACCAUGAAUGAAGAGCCUAAUGCUCUGUCAGUAGUUAACCAGCUCCGGGAUCUAGCUGCAGACCCAUUAAACAGAAGAGCCAUUGUUCAGGAUCAGGGAUGUCUGCCUGGCCUUAUUUUAUUUAUGGACCAUCCCAACCCCCCUGUUGUCCACUCUGCUUUACUUGCUCUUCGCUAUUUGGCAGAAUGCCGUGCUAACAGAGAAAAAAUGAAAGGAGAACUGGGUAUGAUGUUAAGCUUACAAAAUGUUAUACAGAAGACUACAACUCCAGGAGAGACAAAAUUGCUGGCCUCUGAAAUCUAUGACAUUCUUCAGUCCUCCAGUAUAGCAGAUGGUGAUAGUUUCAAUGAAAUGAAUUCACGUCGAAGGAAAGCUCAGUUUUUUCUGGGAACUACAAACAAACGUGCCAAAACAGUGGUUUUGCAUAUAGAUGGUCUUGACGAUACGUCUCGGAGAAAUCUGUGUGAAGAGGCCUUGUUAAAAAUUAAAGGAGUUAUAAGCUUUACUUUUCAAAUGGCUGUUCAGAGAUGUGUGGUGCGAAUCCGUUCAGAUUUGAAAGCAGAGGCUUUGGCAUCAGCGAUAGCAUCAACCAAGGUAAUGAAAGCACAGCAAGUUGUGAAAAAUGAGAGUGGAGAAGAGAUGCUGGUCCCAUUCCAAGAUACUCCUGUGGAAGUAGAACAAAACACAGACCUGCCAGACAACCUGCCUGAGGAUGAGAGUCCCACAAAGGAACAAGACAAAGCAGUGUCCCGGGUCGGCUCACACCCAGAAGGUGGAGCUAGCUGGUUGAGCACAGCUGCAAACUUUUUAUCUAGAUCAUUUUACUGGUGACUUCUAUUUGGGGCUCAAGGACUGUGUGAACCAACAAGGGGCCAGUGUUCCAAUGUUGUGGUGAACUGUCAAGUGCAAUUUGCAAUAAGUUAUCAUGAAGUUUUUUAGAUUACAUGAUUGCAUAUGCUGCAUUUUUACAUUCUAUUGGACAUGUUACCCCUGCUAAGUGGUAAAAAAUUACAGAGGCUAUAAGUGGAAUUGUUUGUUUAUAAAGGUGUUUUUGUUUUGUUUUCCUUUUUUUGCUGCCUCACUUUUUUUUUUCAUAUGGGCCCACUGUUAAAACCAAACAGGUAUGUGCAGCUUUACAUUUUAUUUUACAUGAAGCAUGUGAUUAGGAAAACUCAUUUCUUAAGCCUCAGGAACUUUUGGAAGAGAAUUUAUUUUUUAGCUCAAAUUGUGCAUGGAUUACUGAACUUUUUUUCUGCUUCAUGAAAGACACUGAUUUGGUACUCUUCAUUGAAAGUUAAAAGAAAACAUUUCUCAUUAUCCUCCUUUUGUGCCUUUUUUAUUUGCCAACCAUGUUUGUAGAAAGGACAUUGCUAAUGAACAUUUUGUAAAUUAAAAUAUAUUCAUUUGAACAUAGUAAUCCCCCUAAAAUACAACUAUAAAAAAUCUUUGCAAUCUGAUUUGUUUUUAUUUAAUAAGAUUAACACAAAUCAGUUGAGAAGAAGGAAACAACGUAUAUCAGCAAAGUGCUUUUGAGACUCUAUUUGAAUGUGACUAAAUGUGGUUCUAGUUGACUGCCAUUCAGUUUGGUUUAUAUCAGCUCUUGAAAGUUAUGUCCCCCAUGAUAUUUGUGUGCAGCUGUAAAUGGUCUCUAGGCCUUACUUUGUGAUAACACACUAUCCUCGGCUAGAAGAAAUAAUAGAAGUAAAGAGCUGACAAACUUGAAAAAAAGAAAACAAAUUGAAUGCCUGUAAUGACACAGUACCAUUUUGGUAGAGUCUAACCUCAAAACACUAUUUGCCUGGCAGAAGCCUGUUUUAUUCAGUAGAUGUUUCCUCAUAUUGCCUUUUGUGAAUUUAUUAUGAAAAUGCUGCAGUGGUAUUGAAUGAAAAAAGACCCAAAUUAUUGCUUAUAAAGAAAUAAAGCCAAGAAAUUGGUCACUUACUCUUAUUUCUCAUGUCCAGCCAGAAAAAAAGAACUUCAAUGAAGGUAAGAUAAAUAAACAAAUAAAUAGCUAGAUAAAUAAAUAAAUAUUUUGGGAUAGAUAAGAGCCCAUUCCAUGUAUGCAGUGCUUUAUUAAAUUCCUGAAAUAUUUGGCACUUAAAAAAAUUUUUUUUGAAGUCCAGCUAAAUCCAGAUAAAUUUAAAUGCUAGUAUGAUUAAAAGCUAAAAGAAAGAAAUUGAAAUUCUUUUUCAUCAACCUAGAGAGCUGCUAUUUUACUAUUUGGAGAAUGUGAAGUGAAAAUUGAACCCUGGAGGGUUUCUUUGUGUUUUCAUUGUUCCUCUUUCAGAGAAAAUUAAAAGCAUCCAGUGUACUGGGAAAAAAUUAUUGUAAAAUACCAUCACCAAUGACAGUCUUGAGUUCACUAAUACUGUGAGCUUCUCGAAGGAAAGAUAUUGAUUAUGAAGGAUACUUACAGACUAGGUGUUUGUUUAUAUUUUUUCAUGUGUCUAGGCUCUGAUUCAGGUGACACGCACAAACUGAAAACGUAAGCUUUCAGGGGCACAUUUUGCUUUAAAUGCAUUAUAAAACUUGCUGCCAGAACCAGAUGUGUUGAAAACAGAAAACAAAACCACCUCCUUUCUGUCGCCAUUAAUGCAGAGUUUUCUGUUCUAACAAGUUUGUACAGUUAUUUUAUUUUGCAUUGCCAUACAUCUGCUUAUUUAAAAAACUACAUUCCUCUGGUAAUACUGGCUUAGUACAAGUAGGUAUUGCAGUUUGGUGUUUGUGUGUUCUAAUUCUAAGUGUUCCUUUAUUGCAGGUCUUAUAGAGCAGUUAAGGCAAAUGUUAAGACAGUUUUUGAAAUAUAUUGUAAAAUAAUAAAAGGUAACAAUUAAAAUUGAACGGAUAUCGCA